AUGGCUGUUCAUGUUACUGGGUUUGGCUGUGGAGGUAUAGCAAUUGGUGAGUGCAUCUCUCACAAGGUUUGUGACGCAACAUCAGUAGCUUCACUCCUCAAAGCUUGGUCUCAAAAGGCAAUGGGAGAAGGAAGUGAAGUGGCCUCUUCUUCACCUCUUAAUAUGGAAGCUUCUUUGCUUUUUCCGCCCAAGGGCAUAGAGAUUGGCUUCAAUGACAUGAUACAUGAGAGAAGAAUAUUACAACAAAGAGAUUCUUGUAAUCUCUUUAUACCUACCUUUUCUCCAUUACAUGAAGUUGACCAAGAAAUGAAGGUGGAGCUACACGACUUGGUUGAAGUAGUGAGAAAAACCAUAAAAAUGGUUGAUGGGGAUUUUCUAAAUAUGCUUCAACAAUAUGGUCAGGAAGUCUUUGAAACCCUUGAAUCCAAUUUACAAAAGAUGUGUUUGGUAACAGAGAAUGGGGUUCCUUGUUAUACCUUCAGUAGCUGCUUGAGGCUUGAUUUAUAUGAAUCAAACUUCGGAUGGGGCAAGCCAACCUGGGUUUGUACUAUUGGAGUGCCUAUAAGAAAUGUGAUUAUCUUAAUGCCUACUUCUUCUAGGGUUGGAGAAAUAGAAGCUUGGGGCACCUUAAAUGAGCUUCAUAUGCCCCAAUUUGAAAGCAGUCCUCUACUUCUUCAAUUUGCUUCUUUUGGUCCUUAA